AUGAGCGAAGGGAUGUACCCGGGCUCUAUCCCUCCAACACUGACAUCGUUGUCCAUAUGCUCGUUCAAUAUCUCAGUCAUUGCCAACGCCUCCUCGUCUGAGAUGGUCGAGCUCUACUCCCAUGGGCAACUCGAUUGCAGUCAUCCAGGAUGUCUUCCUCCGUUGCUCAAAACGCUGACCAUCGGCUACCUCAGCGCUCCUCUCGCGGAAGCGAUGAUUCCACCAACGCUACAAUCAUUGAAUAUCAUUGGACAUAUGGGCUACAAAAUUCCAGACAUAUUACGCACAUUGAGACGAUCACGAUUCCCUCCACAUUUGGUCACGCAGCUCACCAUCAGCGAGUCAUUUAGAGGCAACCAACGCAUGUCAGCACAGGAUACUGCAUUGACUUUUAUUCGCAUGGCUCGCCACCUUUCAAACGUGGCGAUGUAUGGCCUUGUUAUCCGAGCGCUCUCCGAGUCUCUGUUCUGCUUCACUCUCCGUCCUCCUGGUGGUGGCUGCAGGACAAUGCUGACCAAAUGGACCAAGCACUUUGUUUUCCUCUCGCUUCAAGCAGGAUCCGACAGCGCAGAUAAAAGCUACAAAUUCCUUCAAUCCCUUGGCCACCUCAGUUCAUCCAGGCUAAUAUAA